UUAGAAUUUGAACUUGCCAAGUCUCUUUUCAAAUGUGCAGAAAUGCUGGCAAACCAAAUCAACAUGUUGCUUGAAAUCUGGGCCACCUCAUUGCUUGAGUUAGGUGGCAAUCCACUAUUUGCCAACCACAUAGAUCUCUAUCAUGUGAUAGACAGCAUGUCUGUUGGUGCAGUCAAAUGGGAAAACUUCAAAAUCACUUAC